UGUCAACGCGCCGAGUCGCACAGAAGAAUAAAUUGACGCGUUCGGCCGCCGAGACGCCGAGAUAGACUUUUGCUAAAAGUGAAAUAAAAAUAGCAUGAAAAGCGUAGCACACAAAAUAAGAAGAAAAUAAAAGAAAAAUUUCAUUUUAGCGCAUAAAUAAAACGCUCUGUGACGUGUCGCAUUUGCUAUAGAGCCAGAACUUAGCCGGGUUGGGUUCGGUUGUUGCAUGCAACCAAGCAACGGCAACGGCAACAGCAACGGCAACGGAUAAGGAAAAAUAAAACUCUGUGGAUUAUGUAAAGUGGCAAAGGAGAGACUGUUUCGUGUCUUCAAUCAAAGUGCAGGCUUUUUAUAAAUAUACAUAUAUUUAGCCAACGCCAGUAAAUGUAUUCAAUUCAUUUUCUCAGUUACUUGCAAUCGCUGCCUGUAUCUGUAUCUGUAUCUGAAAGAUAAAUACCAUAGAUUGAAUUAAAGUGCGCGCAAGUGUGUAAGAAACUUUCAACUGCAAAUGUCAUUUGAAAUUAAUUAAUUGAAUUUAAACAGAAUUGAAACGCAAUUCAUUGGCUCGCAUUAAUUUGGCUGCCAAAUCAACGUAAUCAACAUGUCAUCCUAUCGCAGUUAUACACCUUGGAAAUCAAAUCUGGGCAGCUCCUACAAAUCCAGCAGCACGUAUGGCAUAGGCGCCGAUCUACCCGGCAGCACCUCACGCUACAGUUCGCUUGCCUCGCCCAGCGCCUAUAGACCCUCCUUCUCGGGUGGAACCUAUCGCAUAAAACGUGAUCCACCAACCACAACGCCAGUGGGCAGCAGCAACAGCAGCUAUGUCAGUCGGUAUGGCAGCGCAGCCAAGUCUAAUGCCAAGGAGACACCAGCGGGUAGUGAUAGGACUAGUCCCAUCAAACGAUAUACAGGCGUGGGUAGCACCAGUAGCAGCAGCAGGUUGGGCAAAUAUGGACGAUCAAGGGAUCCUAGUCCCGUGGCCUUGGAGCAUACGAAUCGAUGUAAGUCCAAGUCACGGGAUCCGAGUCCAGUGUUGGAAAGCGCAAGAAGUAAAUUGGGUGGGACUAGCUACAGAAGCAGCAACAGUGGCACCAGCAGCGGCAGCAGCAGCAAUAGAAAUGGUUACAGCAGUCGCUAUGCAAGUGCGACAAGACUCAAUGGACAUGACAUGGUGGAUAAGUCUAUAUCUUAUUUGACGACAAGUGAUUUCCAUGCCAGAACUGCCAGCAGCAGAGCCAAGGCAAAGGAAUUGCGGACAACAGAGCUGGAGAAGGGCGAAGAUAAAGUACAAAAGAAUGGGGAAGGAAAAGAAGCAAAACAGGACGCAGAGGCAGAGACGGAGUCAGAGUCAGCUGAGAGCUUUGUGAGUGUCUUGGUAGUUACCAGAGCCACCUCACCCACACCACCGGGCAGCACCACAGUGCAACGUACACGACGCAUGGACAUAGCCAAGACAAUAGAGAAAACCGUGCAGCGCUCAACCAAACCUAAGCAGAUGGUGGAAAAGGAAAUACAAUCGGAUCGCCUGGACGAUUCAACGCGUUAUUUGCGCUUUAGCGCCGGCAGCAGUAGCUCCACCUACAGUCCACACAGAGAUCGCAUAAGCAGUCUGCGCUACAGCGCCAGUCCACAGUCCACUACAACUAGUAGUCCCAGCAAGGAGCAAAAGCCGCUGAGCAAUGGCAACAGCAACAGCAACAGCAACAGCAGUGCCAGUAAAACAAGCAACAAGUCCAAACUGUCACCACCCAAAGCAGUGCGGCUCAAUUGUCGACAGUCUUCGGUGGAGAAUUUGGCGAACAAGCCACCUGCAGCUCCUGCCAAAGCAGAAUCGCCUACCAAAAGCUCCAGCAGCAGCCUAGCAAAAUGGCCCUGGCCCAAUAAGGACUUUCGCAAAAGUUCGCUGAAUGUGGGACCCACAGAUAGGCCCAGAAAAUCACGGACGCCCACCAGCAGCGGUGGUGAGUCCGAGGAGCAACAGCUGGAACGCUCGCCCAGCGCAGGCUCGGAAUGCAGUCAAGGAUCUGUAAGCUCGGCCAAGAAGGCAGGCAAGCUAAGCAAGCUGAAGGCGCAUAAGAGCUGCACGCCCAGCAGCAGCUCGGAUAGCGAAAAGAGCGGCGCCAAGAGUCCCAAGAAAAUUGGCAAAAAGAAAGCUACAGUAAAUGGCAAUAAGGCUACCAAGCAAGAAGAGCAAGAGCAGCAGAAAGAGAAAGAGAGCGAGCAUAGCAAUAAUAAAAAUAGCGACGCUUUGGCAACUGAUUCACUGCAGAAGCUGCAGAAGCUUUCGCAAGUAUCAAAUUUUUUUGCCGCACGUCAGCAAGACGCAAAUAGUGAACCGAUCUUUAUAGAAAGCUCCGAGAGUGGCGAGGGCGAAACGUCCGAGCAGCCAAUUAUCUACAAUAGUCUUACCUUAGACACUCAAACGAACGAACCGACAACAAUUACAACAACAACGAAUUCACCAACGAAUACAACAACGAAUUUAACGAACUCGAGCAGCACCACACAUUGCCCCAAAGAAACCAGCACCGAGCUUAGCAGCGAAGCCAGAGAAGAACAAGAGGAAGAGGAGCCCAGUUGGUGGCAGGAUACGAGCCUACAAAUCAAUACAGCAUCCGCUUUGGAUUACAAUAAUAAAGGAGAGAUGGCGCCCUUCAAGCUGCGGCAAAUAGACUCCGGAGAGGAGCGCGAUUGGUGGCUACGACAAAAUGAGGAAUCGGCCGAGGACGAUACUUUAGCAGAGGAUACGCUAAACACCCUAGACGAGGAAUGGAGCAGCAGCAAAGUUGAGCCGAGCGACAGUCCCAAGCACAAGUUUAUGCCGCGUAGUCGCAUUUCACCCGAGCAAGAUGCUUGGUGGUUGGAGGAUACGCCGGACUCUACACAAAAUGGCCAGACAGAGGAGCAGGACCUAAACAACAAUGAACACCAUGUAGAGUUGACCAUCAAGCUGCCCAGCAAAAGCGCCCAAGCCACAUCCAGUUCGUCAAGCGAUAGCGCCAAGCGCUGGUGGCUGAACGGACCUGCCAAGAAGCUCUUCAAUGUGCAGCGCGUAGAUUCAGGUGAGCGUGCCUGGUGGCAACAGCAGGAGCAAGAACCUCCGCCGCCACCAGUCCAAGCACAGACACUGGCGCCUCCAACGCCGCCGCCGCGCAUUAUCAAGCAUUGGGAGUCAGGUGAACGCGCUUGGUGGCUGCAGGAAGCAGAAGAAGAAGCAUUGUCAGUAGCUCCACCACCAGCAGCAGCAGCUCCAGUAGCCGUAGCUUCCAUCGACGAGCUUGAUCAUCAAGCCGAGCUCAGCAACUCCUUUUACUCCGUCCGUCCACCACCACUUGGUCAAUGCGCCAGUCCGGUGCCGUCCGAGCGUCCACUUUGCAGUUCACCAUAUGACAACAUUCCAAUGCCAAAAGUUCAAAUGCCCGCCGCGCCACAAUCCACGCCCGUCUCCCCCACGCCGCCCACUCCGCCGCCACGCUACUCGUAUGUGCCGCAAUCGAUGCGCGUGGGCGACAAGCUUUUCAUCUCGCGCCAUCAAAACAUUGACGAGCUUUUGGGCGGCGCAUGCCGACCGCUCAGUCCGCUCUUCUACAGCAGCGCUGCCGACAGCGAACCAACACCAACCACAACGCUUUGCAGCAACGAAUAUGUUUCUGGAGGAGAUUACGCCGGACCAGGUGCGCAUCCAUGACAGCACCGCUCAGCUGCCGGUCAUACAACGAAUGCAGCGUGAUGUGGAGUGGUUGGAGAACGGCAACGCGAGCAACUUUUAUAUACAACAACAGCAGCAGCCGCAACAACGCAGCCAG